UGUACCAGACUGUCUCUCAGUAAACACAGUGACACAAUCUGUAAUUCCAUCAACAGUGACUGAGUUACAAAGUAAGGAAAUUGCGAGAAGCUAGUCGUAAUUGCUGUUCAGGACGGCUAGCGUUUAAUUGGCUGUAUUGAAAUUUGAAGAGUCUUUUUCCCCUCUGGUAAAGCCUAAGAGGGACAAGGACAGAUAGAGUUCUGAGACAGGCAACUUUUUCAUCGGGCUUACUCGGUCUUGUUUUGUCGUCACAUUCUGUCCAUGAUGUUUGGCUCAAUGUUCAGGGAUUUUGACGAAGACCCAUUUUUCAGUGACAUGCAUGACAUGCACAGACGCCACAUGCAACGUAUGCAGCCUGUGUUCAGUCCAUCCUUUGGGUUUAGCCCAUUCAUGGCGUUGGAAGGAGGUAGGGGUCAAGACCACUUUGAUGGGACAGGACGUGCACACCGUAACUAUGACAGACAGGCACUGCAGCCUUUCGGCAUGGAGGAACCUUUUGGCAUGGGCUUUGGGAAUAUGUUUAGUAACAUGCAGACCAUGAUGGCCAAUAUGCAUCGUAACUUUGAGAACAUGGCCAACAGCCCCGAUGUCCACUCCUUCUCCCAUUCUUCUUUCACUAGCUACUCCUCUGAUGGCAAUGGGGCACCCAAGGUCUACCAGGCCACAUCCUCAACCAGAAAGGCACCAGGAGGGGUGAAAGAAACACGGCGCUCAGUGCGAGAUAGUGAGGUAGGACUGGAAAGGAUGGCUGUCGGUCAUCACCUUGGGGAUCGUGCCCACGUCGUUGAGCGAUCACGGAACUCACGUACAGGCCAGAUGGAACAGAAGCAAGAUUUCACCAACCUGGAUGAGACUGAGGCCGAUGCUUUCAACAGUGAGUGGAGAGAACGAACGCAGCGAUACAACCGUCACCAUGCCGUGUCUGGCAGACAUAGACAAAGCACCCCUGCAAUCACCAGUGGAAGGGAAAAUUACACUUCAGUACAACGGGACCGCUCACCAUCCAGACCUACCGGCCCAAGCAAAGGAGGUCGUCACAGGAGUCGUGAUCAUGACUAAAGAACAAGGGGCAAGAGACACUAAACUCACAGAGAUCUAUAAAAAAAGAACACAGUCCUGGGCGAUUCCAUGCAGAAGUGGAAAUUUAGUCGCACUGUCACCCACCUCUAACACAAUUCACCAAAGUGGAAUGAAAGGUUAUGCUACUGUUUACUGUUGCCACAGUCUUUUUUUUUUUAGUUGAAAACCCCCAUUUUGUU